AUGGCCGGCCGUGAAUUCACACUGUCCUUCGAGACCACUCCCCCAACAGCCGCCCAGCCUGGUUCCCCUUUCACAAUCCCAGUAGUCAUUGCCGUGAACCCAAUCGGGACACCCGCCCAAAAUGUGCAGCACCUUGUCGUGAGCGCUUCCCUCCGCGACGAAUCCGGCGCAGGAGCUGCCGUUGGCUUGAGCGGGAAUCUCACGGCGAGCGUGCGGAGCCGAACCGAUAACGCAAUGAGCGGAUAUGCAAAGCUCAGCCCACUCACUAUCUCGCAGCCGGGCAAGUUUCGGCUGCGAGUGAUGCUUAGUGCAGCUUCGUACAACGGCGUUGUAACGAAGGAGUAUGUUGAUUCGACGAUCAUCCAUGUGCACGCCGGUGCGGCUGCCCAACGGCCAACUCCCACUCAGGUGGCACGUCUUCAGCGGCUCACGACCGAAAAUUUGGAUAUUUCCGCUGCGGAUAUUGCGGCGUGGCAGCGUGCGUGA